UGACACAAAAAGAAAAAGCAGAAGGUUUUUGAUUGGAUCAUUAAAAACGUUUGUUUGUUUCUUAACAAAUUGUGGAAUAAUAAAUAAGUCAUAAUAAAUAAGUCAAAUAAAUAAUUUACUACAAGAUCAUUACAGAUCUUUGAAUAAAUUUAAGGCAUACGCGUUUUAUGUCAAAGUGAUUUUACAUAUUUAAGUGUCAAGAAUGAAUAAUGGUGAAAGUCAACCGAUGGAGGUUGAACCUCCUCAAAAUGAUGUUACAACUCCAUUAACUGAUUCAAUAAACAUGGAAAUCAUAGAGAAAGAGGUUUUAUCUUCAAAUAUUGAUUCUACAGUAAAAAAAGAUAAAACUGAAGAUGUUAAAGAGAAGCAUGAAGAGUUAAAUAAGAAUGCUAUUUUAGCAGUUUUGCAAUUUCUAAAAAAACAUAAUCUUCAGGAAACUGAGGCCAUUUUAAGAAAAGAAACUAAGAUAACUGAUGAUGAUAAAGCCUCAGAGUCAGCACAAAGUGAAUCUGAUGUGAGCAGUGUUUUGUCUACGUACAAAAGUGAAGGGGAUCCAGACAUUUAUGAAGACACUUAUAUAAGUUUGAAGAAAUUCAUUGAAACAUCUUUGGAUACAUACAGGCAUGAAUUGUCUAUGAUACUUUAUCCAGUUUUUGUUCAUAUGUAUUUAGAACUUGUCUACAAUGAGCACGAAUCUCAAGCUCUAUAUUUUAUGGACAGAUUUGGACCUGAACAAGAAGAAUAUUAUUUAGAAGAUGUAAAAAAACUAUCGUGUUUGACUAAAAAGGAUCACAUGAAGGGGAACGAAUUCAUGGAUAAUUUUAGAUCAGGACAAUUCACUGUAAGGAUGUCCAGAGAUACUUACAAUUUUCUGAAAAGACAUCUUCAGGAUAAGAAACACAAUGUUUUACAAAAUAUAAUUCAAGAACAUUUGUAUCUUGAUGUGUAUGAAGGAAUCUCUCGAACCAAAUCGCAGAUCGAUAGUACUGCUGGUGCUCUCGCUGGUGAAGCUGCCAGACAAGCUAAUAAAUCCAAAGUAUUUUAUGGAUUACUGAAAGAACCUGAUAUUCAGAUUCCACUUGAUGAUGAAGAUGAGGGUCAAGAUGGUGAUGAUAAGCCGAAAAAAAAGAAACCAAAGAAAGAUCCUUUGUUAUCAAAAAAGUCUCGUAACGAUCCAAACGCUCCUCAAGCAAAUCGCAUUCCUCUGCCAGAAUUGCGUGAUGCUGAUAAACUAGAUAAAAUUAAUGCUUUAAGGGAAGCUCAGAAACGUGUUCGCUUGGGCCCAAAUAAUUUGCCAUCUAUUUGUUUUUAUACAUUCUUGAAUUCUCAUCAAGGAGUUACAUGUGCUGAAAUAAGUGAAGAUUCUAGUCUGUUAAGUGCUGGAGCUUCAGACUCUUUAGUACGGAUAUGGAGCUUAAAUUCCAAUAAACUGAAAGCAAUGAAACCUGCUCAGGAACUUGAAAAUAUUGACAAAGAAGCUGAUGACGUACUGUAUAGGAUGAUGGAUGAAAGAAAUGCAUGUGAUAUAAGAACAAUGGUUGGACAUAGUGGUCCUGUUUAUUCUACUAGUUUCAGUCCUGACAGAAAUCUUCUACUUUCAUGUUCUGAAGAUGCUACAGUUCGAUUGUGGAGUUUACAAACUUGGACAAAUGUUGUUUGUUAUAAAGGACAUUGCUUUCCGAUAUGGGAUGUUAAAUUUAGUCCAUAUGGUUAUUACUUUGCAUCCUGUGGACAUGAUAGAACAGCCCGAUUGUGGGCAACAGACCAGUAUCAACCUGUCAGAGUUUUUAGUGGACAUGUAUCUGACGUCGAUUGUAUUCAAUUUCACCCUAAUUCAAAUUACAUAGCUACUGGCUCAAGUGAUAGGACCAUAAGGUUAUGGGAUGUUUUAUCCGGGAGCUGUGUCAGAGUCAUGACUGGUCAUAAGGGAGCUGUGUAUAAUUUAGCAUUUUCAACUUGUGGUAGAUUUCUUGCAUCUGCUGGAUCGGACAAAAAAAUACUCAUUUGGGAUAUUGCAUAUGGUCAUUUGUUGGCAGAACUUACCGGUCACCAUGAUACUAUUUAUUCCUUAUGUUUCAGUCGAGAAGGAACUGUACUAGCUUCUGGUGGAUUAGACAAUUGUAUAAAACUAUGGGACAUCAGUAAAUUAUUGGAAGAAAUAGAUUUGGAAGAUCUAAAUAUUUCACAUGCACCAACUGUCAAGAAUACCAGUGAUGCUUAUUUACUGGGAACAUUCAAAACUAAAUCUACACCUGUGCUAUCUUUGCAUUUCACUAGAAGAAAUCUGUUAUUAUCUGCAGGAAUGUAUCUUGGUUAAUUUUUUUGUUAUUUCUUUUGUAAAUUUAUUCAUUAUAUUAUCAAAACUUAGGGUUGAUGAAUUUUCAGUUGUUUUAUUAAUUCAUAAUGUAAAUAAACAUUCACAUUUUAUAAAUAAGUCAUUUGUAAAAAAAUUUUUAAAUCUUAAAUGCCAACCGAAACUUGAUGGUGCCAUUUCAAUUAAAAUCUAUUGUCAUCUAAAUUAAAAUCUAUCAGUUUAUAAGUGUUGCAGAAAUAUUUAAACUAGCAAAUCAAAUGGUAUUACAAGUUGCUUUACAUAUACAGGAAAAAUUCGUUAUUAGCGAUAAUUUGUGGUAGCAGACGAAAUUGUCCUAAUAGCAAGCUUGUCUUUAAAGCAAACAAAUACAUAUGUUUAAUAUUAAAAUAGCAAUAAAAAAGAAUGAAAAAUUUUACAUAUAUAUAUAUAUAUAAUUUUUUAUUUUAUUGAACAACUAUUUUAGAGUAGACUAUUUUUGCCGAUAGAUUGUAGACGGAUUAACAUUGUUGAUCUGUAAUUGAUGAAAGGCAGAAAUGUCUGCGACAGUAGUGUUGUGAUAACAAGUUUCCAAAUCAUAACCAGUUUUUAAAAGAAAAUAAAAUGAGUUGCAAUCUC